GCCCUCGGAAAGUUGGAAUCGCUGGGUAAGAUCUCGUACUGGACGCGUGACGGAAUCUCGCUGCCCGACACCUACAAGGCGCAGCACUACCCCACUAACGCCGGGAAGAUGCGUCGCGGCUUCGCAGUAGUCGUAGACGUCAGUUUGGACGGAAUGGAGUUCGACGCUCAACUGCAGCGAACGAAAAUCAUCUGCAAAACGCUAAAGAAAGCCGACGCCACGUACAUGCUGGUGCUCACUAAGAUGGAGAGCGUGGUGCAGAAAUCAGUAGACAAGCUCCACCAGCUGAAGAAAAAGGAAAAAAUCGGCGCAGAUAUAAUCACUACUUCCUCCAUGUGCAACUACAACAUCGCCGCAACCUUUCGAAUCAUCGCCGAAAAAAUUCUCAAGAUUGUAUAUGUCAAUAUACCCACGUUCAAGCAGGCUGCAGAGAAUGAGCUCGCUGCAAAGACAAGCACCAAACGGCUCUUCAGUACUUUCACCACGAAAUGGCUCCAGGCAUCCUCGGAGCGAAUCGAGGAGAUGGAGCAAACGGAGCAGUACCGAGCUUGCAAGAGUGCUGUCGGCAAAUAUGAGACUGGCAGGAUUUUUGCGUUCAAGUUGCUGGAGGUGAAGAACUCUGAGAUGCUGGUUGGAGUCAACGAAGACCCGGACAGGGGGCGAGAGUUUCUGGAGGACUUUAUCCAGAGGCACCCUGACCUGAUGCUCUACCAGUCUCAGCUGUUUAGGGACGAGUCAGUAUAUGACUACGUGUACUCCACGGGGAUGGCGGACACAUCCUCGGUCCUCUCUCACCAGACCAGUAUCAGCAGCGACAAUGGCAGUAGUUCUCCCUCACAGUGUGACACUCCAGACAACAACUCUGACCCCGUGGGAGGAUCAGCUGUACAUCUCAGAGAUAUCGCCCACCAAGGAAGCCAGCCACACUCUGCCACUAUGCCAGACCUCUCGGGGAAAGAAGAGCGAGUUAAUCAGUUGCAGUCGGUGCCGGUGGAGGUAUUGGGAACUCAUUCACCUCACCCUUCCCCAGUCCCGACAAGACAUAGCACUGUGUGCAACUACGGAUCAAACCCAUACGUCCUCCAGCCGGGAAAUGCCAUCGCUAGCGAGAUGAGCCGCUCCAAGCCUCUUCUUGACGUGACUCCUCCCCCUCCUCCCCCACCCAUCGGACAGCGACAGGGGCUUGACAGGCGGCGCUCAAACUCAAUGGGUCGACUCGAAUCAACCCCCAAACCAAACGCAGCCCCCAGCAACGAAAGUGUGGAUGUUUUGAAUGCCGAGCCCUACCUCCAACCAAUGGCGGUACAGAUGCUGAUGCACACACUCCCACAAACACACAAGAUUCCAGAGUCCAUCAGUGCUCACUCGAUCCACGGUGAUCACCCACAAAGACGGAAACUCCCCAUCCAAGUAAGCUCCGUUUUCCAGUCUUCUAUUGGGGAGAGCCGGAGAAGAUUCGGUCAUCGCCGCACAGCAUCUAACCCGUGGGUAGUGGAGAGUGGAAGCGACUUCACUCGCCACGAGAAUCGGAGGUCAGUCGUCUCUGCAUCGCUCUCACCAGAACGCAGCAGUGCAGCAGACCGGCCGCAGUCACACUACACAGAUAUAGACGAAAUAGACAAGCUUUCUAUCAUCAGUGGACCUUUCGAGGAGAUUUCAGACGACUCUGACUCAUCAACCGAGACCAGCAAAAUGGGAGAAAUGCCGACAAAGCAAGCAGCUACCACCAAGACUUCCGUC